AUGGUGUCAGCGAAAGUGGUAUUGUAUUAUUACAGCGUUAUCAUGCUGGAAAAUUUUGCUGUUUGCUGGCUGAUGGUGACUGAAGCGGCGUGGAAUGGAGAUGAGACGUCACUGACGCGCCGGACAUGUAUCUCGCCGUCGGCUACCGUCCACGUCCCCACUACCACCGACACAGCCGGCGCCGAUGCCGGCUCCUCUUCGUCCACAAACCCCAUAGAGACCGCCUCAUCGUCGCCGUACUUCCUACCCGAGCUGAUCCCGUUGGCCGCUAGCCGCCUGACGAGCCUCCAGGAUUUCUUCGCCCUCCGCGCCGGCUGCCGCAUCUACGGGGCUCUGAUCCCGCCGUAGCCAUCCAACCUCGCGUCAGGGCCGCUCCACCUCGUCCCCCACCAGGCCUCUUGCUCGGAAGUCCUCUACCAUGCCCCUCUCCGCCGAAUACUCCGCUUCCGCCUCCCCCGCUGCAAUCCUAUACCUUUGUCCUUCCAAUCCUCUGGCUGCCGCGUCGCCAUCUACGACGGCAACACCAGUGACGACCACAGAGACCUGCGCAUGUACCACCUCCUCACAGGCCGCCUCCCCAGCCACCCGGGUGACUUGCACGGGAUCAUCUUUUGUGGCAACCUGGUCCUCACGUUCACCCUACAACGUCGUGUCCUCUACUACUGCCGCAUUGGAGACGCUCACUGGCGAGCGGCGUGGUCCGACAAAGGCUGCCCUCUUUACAAUUUGAUGUUCGUGAAAAGCACCCUUUAUGCCCUGAUGUGCGAUUACCGCCUUGCUGUCUCGAGCUCUACAGCAGAGUGGCGUGCCGCGGUGAGCUAUUGA